AUGAGACCGUUAAAAUCAUCAAACAUUCCCCAUCCAUUCACAUUUAAAUUUCUUCGUCUCUCCUCAAUUCUUCCCAUCUUCGUGCAAUUACAAUUUGAUUUCUCUCCGGAUUUGAUCUACACAAAGAGAAUGGGACGCGGUGUAAGUUGCGGCGGAGGUCAGAGUUCUUUAGGUUACUUGUUGGGAAGUGGUGCGGGACAGGCUGAGACCGACGACAACGCUCCACCGCCACCGGAGAACACCACAGAGGCUCCCAAAGAUUCUACAGAACCACCUUCCGAUGACGCAACAAAUACCCAAACUGAUGAAUCUUUGAACCAAAAUCCGACUGCUGAAACAUCUCAUGAUAGUUCAACAAACAAUUACCACAGAGCCGAUGGACAAAACUGUGGCAAUUUCAUCACUGAUCGGCCUUCAACCAAGGUCCAUGCUGCACCCGGUGGCAAUUCUUCACUUGGUUACCUCUUCGGUGAUGAGAAGAAAUGAUGCUGUCGAUUUCGGAAUGUAAUUUAUAUGGUGUUAUAUAAUGUUAAUGUAACUUGCUUCAUGUAUGAAUUAGUGUUUUUUUUUAUGCACAUUUGAAAAUGGCAUCUUUUGGUUUUCUAUAUAAUAUUAAAAAAAAAAA